UAUAUAUGUGCCAUCGCCAUCUUUAUCUAGCGAUCACCGUCAUUCAAUCCUCCCCUAAUCUCUUUCUCUGUCUUUUUUUUUUUUUUUUUCCUAAAAGUCUCUCUCAUACCCUUUUCCAAGCUCAAUAAUCAAUAGAGGGACUAAGCCUCUGAAAAUUCAUUUUAGUUCAAAAUAUGCCGCUAAACUUGGCGGGAGGCGGUGCACUUUGUGCCCUGCUUUGUGUCACCGUUUCUCUCUUUGCCUCUGUUUGUGCUGAAGAUCCGUACAGAUUCUUCACCUGGAAUGUCACUUACGGAGACAUUUACCCCCUCGGUGUCCGUCAACAGGGAAUACUCAUAAACGGACAAUUUCCAGGCCCAGAUAUUCACUCCGUUACCAACGACAAUCUCAUUAUCAAUGUCUACAAUAGCUUGAACGACCCUUUUCUCAUCUCCUGGAGUGGCAUUCAGCAGAGGAGGAACUCUUAUGAAGAUGGUGUUUUUGGAACAACAUGCCCAAUCCCUCCCGGUAAAAACUUUACUUACAUUCUUCAAGUGAAGGAUCAAAUUGGGAGCUUCUACUACUUCCCAUCUCUGGCAUUCCACAAAGCUGCUGGUGGAUUUGGAGGGAUCAGGAUCCUUAGCAGGCCUAGAAUUCCUGUCCCUUUCCCAGACCCGGCCGGUGACUACACCAUUCUUAUCGGAGAUUGGUACAAGUCCAAUCACACCACUUUGAAGGCUCAUCUUGAUCGUGGUAAGAGGCUACCGUUUCCUGAUGGAAUCCUGAUCAAUGGUCGCGGACCCAAUGGUUAUACUUUAACUGUUGAACAAGGAAAAACUUACAGGCUUAGAAUCUCAAAUGUUGGGUUGCAAAACUCCCUCAACUUCCGCAUUCAAAACCACAAAUUGAAGCUGGUAGAAGUAGAAGGAACACACACCCUACAAACUACAUACUCCUCGCUGGAUGUACACGUGGGCCAAUCGUAUUCCGUUCUGCUGACAGCGGAUCAACCUGGCGAAGACUACUAUAUCGUGGUUUCCUCUCGUUUCACCUCUCAGGUCCUCACCACUACUGGCUAUCUUCACUACACCAACUCUGCUGGCCGUGUAACUGGCCCACCACCUGGUGGACCUACCAUCCAGAUUGACUGGUCCCUAAACCAGGCCCGCUCCAUCAGGACUAACCUCACAGCAAGUGGACCAAGGCCGAACCCGCAAGGCUCGUACCACUACGGUCUCAUUAACCUGACCAAAACCUACGUCCUGGCUAACUCCGCUGGCCAAGUCAACGGCAAGCAGAGGUACGGAGUUAACAGUGUAUCCUUCGUUGCACCAGACACUCCUCUUAAGCUCGCGGAUUUCUUUAAAAUUGGAGGAGUUUUCCGCGUCGGAAGCAUUUCCGACCGGCCUACGGGCGGUGGAUUAUACACCGACACAUCAGUUCUUGGCGCCGAUUACAGAGCUUUUGUCGAAUUUGUGUUCCAAAACAACGAAGACAUAGUUCAGAGCUGGCAUUUUGACGGUUACUCUUUCUUCGUGGUUGGAAUGGAUGGAGGGCAAUGGACACCUGCCAGUAGGAAUUCUUACAAUCUCCGAGACGCAGUUUCACGUAGCACCACUCAGGUGUAUCCCAAGUCAUGGACUGCCAUACACGUGGCUCUUGAUAACGUUGGGAUGUGGAACUUGAGGUCUGAGUUUUGGGCACGACAGUAUCUGGGUCAACAACUAUAUGUGCGUGUAUACACAGACUCGUCUUCACUGAGGGAUGAGUACCCAAUUCCUAAGAAUGCACUUCUUUGUGGUAGGGCAAGUGGACAUCACACACGGCCUCUCUAAGGGACACCAAAGUCCAAAACUUGAACUAGUUGGGUAGGGAAAGGCCUAUCUAGCUUAGUUAAUGAAGAGUAGAGUAUUGUUUGCUUUCUAAUUUUAUCAUUGGGGUGCUUUUAUUAUAUAUUUAUAUUAAGAUUAAUUAUAAUGUGGAAUGGGGAGAUGUACCAGCAAUAUAACUUUUUUUUAAGGAUCUCAGCUCGAGGUCGCAUUCUUUAUUCUGAACAGAUUGUAUUCCCUUGGUUAUUUGUUUUUUCAUAAUUAAUUAUGAUAAGCUAAGGUAACUUCCAAGUUGCCAUUCUCA